AUGCCACAAACCAUAAAGAGAAACACAGAUCCCAACUCUAAAAGAGGGAGAAGAAUAAUAAAAAAAAUACAAGAAGGAAACCAACCUCCUCAAACAAAAAAAUUUCGAACCACAAUAGAAAAUGAUAUGGAAGAUAUUGAAAUAACCUUUGGAAACAUUAAUAAUCAAGAUACAAAAUUAAUAGAAAAAGAUAAAGAAAUCAUUACACCUCUGGAUGAUACAACUUCUCUUUCUGACACUGUGCCAACAAAAAACAACACAUUGAUUGAAUUUCAGACACAAAAGACUGCUUAUGUUGCAAUUGCCCCUUAUGAUACU